ACAAAAUUUAAAUAUUCAAAGGGAUCCUAUUAUUAUUCCUCAUUUCAUUUGAUACACUUUUUCUAUAUUAUUUUAUCAUCCAAUUCAUUGUGGUUGUUAUGCAAUAAUGUUAUAUACCAUAUCUUAUACUUAAUAUGGACCUACAAUACUUAAACAUCAAUUACAAAAAUGAUUUAGCAUAUAUCAUAAAACAUUUAUACCAUUUCAUCUUACAUUAUAUAAUUCCAAAUAUUUACAAAAUCAAAUUUAUAAAAACACUUUAGUAAACCAUCUGUUAAAACAAAAUUCUAUUUGUUACCUUACAUAUAUUUUUAUAAAAAGUAUUUAUAAUAACAUUUUUUAUCUAAGAUAAGCUUAAAAUUAUGAAAAACCUACAUUUGUUUUAAAAAAAAGUGAAAAAAACGCCUACAAAUCUAUACUAUUAAAUUGCCAAAAACAAAUUCCAAUGUAAAUUUUAAGUCUCACUCUUAACAAAUGUAACUAUUAUAAAAUACACACAAAAUAUAAUAAGAGAGUAAGUUUGGUCAUUUGAGUAUUCGGGUCGGAUACAAAUUGAUUUCUUUUAGAUCCGAGUUCUUUGUGUACUAGCCCGAAGUCCUUUCCAUUUGGACCCAACUAGGUAUUUGAAAAAAAAUCAGUUCAGGUCGUUUCUUUUUGGAUACAUGUUGGUUCAAGUCCAUAAUUAAAUUACCUGUAAAAUACAUGUAAUUUGGGUACGUAAUGGAUCCGGAUCGGUUUGGGUAUUUAGGAUAAAAAAGAUUCAAAAUACCUAAAAAAUCCAAAAAAGUCAAAACACGAAAACAAAUAUCCAAAAAUAUUCUCCAAAAAAAACCCAAAAUUUUACCCAGAACCGUACCCAAGGAACCAAAAUAUCCAAAGUUUUAUAUGGAUACCCUAAAUAUUUUCUUAGAAUUUUGAAAUUUUAACCGAAAAGGAAAACCUGAAACUUUAAAAAAUAUUUGUAAUACUGAAACAUAUAUGAAAUACUCAAGUAUACAUAAAUAUACACAAAAUGUUUUGGAUACUUUGGGUACCCACACAUAAACAGAGACCAGCGGGUCCAAAAAAAAUCAAUAGGUAUUUUUGCAUCGGUUUCAAUUUGGUUUUUCGGGUUCAGGUCAAAAUGCACCUGCCGAAAAGAGAGUUAUUAAAACUGUGAAUACAAAAUAUUGAAUAAACUAAGUCAUAAAUUAUAUAAUUUUAAACAAGUUUCCUUAUUUGAUGUAAUACAACUUUAUAACAUAAAAAUAUACAACAAGCCAAAAUUCUAAUUCAUAUACAAUAUAGGUAUAUUUUUAUCACAUUUGCAUAAAAUAUUUUUAAAAAUUUAUUUAGUUAUACUAUAGAAUAGAUAACUGUUUCCUUGUUGUGUUUUUGAAAAAUAUACUUAAGCAUCUAUAAUUUUAGUCUAUAGAAGGAUUUUUUAAGUAAAUAUAUUGUUAUGUUUAAAUAAUUUAGACUUAUUAUUGUAGUAACAUUUUAUACUUGGUUACGAAUUUAAACCUCUUUUAAUUGUGAAUAGUAUUUUAAAGGAAAUUUUUUUUAAAAAAAAAGGUAAUAAAAUAAGUUAAUUUAAUAACUUAAUAUAUUUUUUAAAUUUAAGUUACAUAGUACUUCUAUUUUAAUAUAAUAUAGACUAUAAUUAGAAAAUUUAUGAAAGUAGCAUACAAAUUUUAAUUUUAAUUUUAUAAUAAAAUAUUAAUUAACAUUGAUUUGGAUAAUAUUACACUGCUAAUUAUGAAAUUAAUUAAUGCAUUAUUAUACAAAAUAUAUUUAAAAUUUUAGUAAGAUUUUUUUUCAACAUAUAUUUUAUAAUUAAAAAUAAAAUUAAAACAGUUUUAUAUGUGAAGUUGUUAUAUGUGUUGAUUAUAUAAAAUGUGAUAUCAUAAUAAAUAGAAGUUGUGACUUUUAUUUUAAUAGGGUAAUGUUAAAUAUAUCCUUAAUGAAAGUAGGAAAACCAUCUUAUUAACAAACCCAAGAAAACACUUUAUUGUAAAUUGCCUUUAGCCGCCACUCGCAACCCUCCAAAAGACAUACACUAGAGUACACAAGCCAUGCACAUCCUCAGGCGAUAAUCCCCAUUCCCCAGUGACAGCACCCAAAACAAAACAAAAAACAAAAAAUAGAGAACAAACCUUACGCUUCUUCAUGGACUCGUCUCAAUAUGAUGGCGUAUACCAACCGCUUCUCUACCCUCCGGCUGAUGGAACUGUACCGCUUUCUCCAUCGACGGAGUCAAGCAACGGCGAGCUAGAGAGAGUGCUUUCCGACGUUGAAACUCCGUUAUUUCACCGCCUUCGUAAGGCCACGAUGAUUGAAUCCAAGCUGCUCUUCAAGCUUGCUGCACCUGCGGUCAUCGUCUACAUGAUAAACUACCUCAUGUCCAUGUCCACUCAAAUCUUCUCUGGCCAUCUAGGCAACCUAGAACUCGCCGCCGCUUCUCUUGGUAACACUGGAAUCCAAAUCUUCGCCUACGGUCUCAUGCUAGGGAUGGGUAGUGCGGUAGAGACGUUGUGUGGUCAAGCGUUUGGAGGUAGAAAAUACGAGAUGCUUGGCAUUUAUCUCCAGAGAUCCACCGUUUUGCUUACUCUCACGGGCCUUCUCCUAACGUUAAUCUACAUCUUCUCCAAACCUAUUUUGCUUUUCCUCGGAGAGUCGCCGGAGAUAGCUUCCGCCGCGUCAAUCUUUGUAUACGGCCUAAUUCCUCAAAUCUUUGCCUACGCCGUAAACUUCCCGAUCCAAAAGUUCCUCCAGGCGCAAAGCAUCGUGGCACCGAGUGCUUUCAUCUCUACGGCCACUCUCUUUGUUCACCUUUUCUUAAGCUGGCUCGCUGUUUACAAGCUUGGCAUGGGGCUUCUUGGAGCGUCGCUCGUGCUCAGUCUCUCGUGGUGGAUUAUAGUGGUGGCUCAGUUUGUUUACAUCGUGACGAGUGAACGGUGUUGUCAGACGUGGAGAGGGUUUAGUGUGCAAGCAUUUUCUGGGUUACCGAGUUUUUUCAAACUCUCCGCCGCCUCCGCCGUGAUGCUUUGCCUUGAGACUUGGUAUUUUCAGAUCUUGGUUCUUCUUGCCGGACUCCUCGAGAAUCCGGAGCUUGCUCUAGAUUCUCUCUCCAUUUGCAUGACGAUUUCAGGAUGGGUGUUUAUGAUAUCUGUUGGGUUCAAUGCAGCGAUAAGUGUAAGAGUGAGUAAUGAACUUGGAGCUGGAAACCCUAAAUCAGCAGCGUUUUCUGUAAUCAUCGUCAACAUAUAUUCCUUAAUCACAAGUGUGAUCUUAGCCAUUGUUAUUUUGGCAUGCCGUGACUUCUUGAGUUAUGCGUUCACUGAGGGUAAAAAGGUUUCGGUCGCGGUUUCUGACCUUUGCCCGCUACUUGCCUUGACGCUUGUUCUCAAUGGAAUCCAACCCGUUCUUUCUGGUGUGGCGGUUGGAUGCGGUUGGCAAGCGUUUGUGGCGAAAGUUAACGUUGGAUGUUAUUACAUUAUCGGAAUUCCUCUUGGGGUUAUCUUUGGGUUUUACUUCAAGUUCGAUGCCAAGGGUAUAUGGACCGGAAUGAUAUGUGGUACCCUUAUACAAACCGUUAUUUUAGCGUGGGUCACGUUUAGAACAGACUGGACAAAAGAGGUAGAAGAAGCUUCUAAAAGGUUGGACAAAUGGAGCAACAAAAAACUAGAAGUGGUUCCCGAAUAAUGCAAGACGAUGUAAAUUUGGUAUCCAGUAAACCGAAUGGAUUCAUUGGUGUAUGAAAACCGAUGCAAAUGCUCAAGAUAACCCGUGUAAUGGGUACUAUAGUUAUCUUGAAUCCUCGAUCUAAGCUUUCAUUGAUAGAUGUGCUUUGCUUGCUUAAAAUAAAAAUAGAUGGGUACUAUAUAGUAUUUUGUACGGCAGAUUGAAAUGGUUAUUGUUUUAUGGGCUUUUUGCAAAA